CACAAGAUGGCGCCCUUGUAGUACAGAGUACCGCAAUACAGCGCGUUCACUCAACACAGUGUCCGCGGUGGAAGGAACGAUGUGUGAAAGGCAAUGCUGUGCUAUGGGAAUUCAUCUAGUCUCCUGAUCUAAACUGAAGCGACAAUGAUACAGAUAGAAGAAUUCAACACGUAUUACAUGCUCUGAUGCGAUUUUCAACCCGGAAUUGUGUGUUGGAUUUCCGUUAUCAUGAAACGAGUGUCUGUACUGUAUAGUCAGUGGUAGUUGCGUGGAAGAAAGCAAGCAGAGGAUUGCAAAACUCUUCUGGAUUGUGGAUUGCAUCAGUUAGCUUUUGUGAGAAUGUCACGGACUAAGUGUUGCAAUAUCAUAAUUCCUUGUAGCUUUCUUCGUUUUGAUGCAUGGCCCCUGCUUGUGCUCACGUCCAGGGGCUCAAGUUUGUUAAGUGACCCAGCAUAAACCCUACACCAAGGCCAAGGAGAGAUACAACAAACAAACAAAUAAACAACGUAUUUUUACACACCAUCAAAUGAUUAUAGGACACUUUACUUCCAAGAGUACCCAAAUAUUAAAAGUGCAGACCCAGGCGUAUGCAACAACUUCAUGGGCUUGAAAGGUCAUCUGGACGAUGGAAUAGAUGCCAUCCUGGACCUGGAUUACCUACAUGUGGAGAGCGCAGACCAACAGCUCAGCACAACCUCAGUGUGGUCAAGGAUAGAGGAGCCCACAAUGGACAAAGUAAACUCCAGGAAGGAGGAUGGCUCAGCAAGCUCCGCGGAGGACACCACCUGCAACAGCUCCUUCGGGGAUUCAGAGGAGAGUGCCAGUUCUGAUAGUGAGUCCGAACACCUCAACAGCAGCACAGCAACGGACUCUAGCCCCUUUACAAAAACCCACCGGCAGCUGUGCCGGUCACCAUGCAUGGAUCCACCUGUGGUUAUAAGGACUGAGAUCCCACAGGAUCUAAAGCCAGAGGAAAGCCACGGGACACCCAAAGAGGACAAGAAACCACCAGAUGUAGUCAGGGAGUACCAGACCAAAAUGGAAUUUGCCCUCAAGCUAGGGUAUUCUGAGGAGCAGGUCCAGCUUGUUCUGAGCAAGCUGGGCCCAGAGGCGCUGAUCAAUGACAUCCUGGGGGAGCUGGUGAAGCUGGGGAGCAUGUCUGAGGCUGACCAGGCCUUGUCGGGUGGUAGCGGUGGGGGCUGUGGCUCCUCAUCCUCCUCCACUUUGUCUUGUAUCUCAUCCGCUUCCUCUACAGAGUCACACCGUCCCGACUCGCCUUCUCAAGAAGAGCUGUCUGACGACACAGACAACCUGAGACCCAUAGUCCUCGAUGGCAGUAAUGUGGCCAUGAGCCAUGGCAACAAGGAAGUGUUUUCCUGUCAUGGAAUUAAACUGGCAGUGGACUGGUUUUUGGACCGUGGCCAUAAAGACAUCACAGUGUUUGUGCCCGCCUGGAGAAAAGAACAGUCGAGACCAGAUGCCCUUAUAACAGACCAAGAAAUCUUGCGGAAACUGGAAAGGGAGAAGAUCUUGGUGUUCACCCCCUCCCGACGUGUGCAGGGGAGGAGGGUGGUCUGUUAUGAUGACCGGUUCAUAGUCAAACUCGCCUACGAGUCGGACGGCAUCAUUGUAUCCAAUGACAACUACAGGGAUCUGGCCAAUGAGAAGCCUGAAUGGAAGAAGUUUAUUGAUGAACGAUUGCUGAUGUAUUCCUUUGUCAAUGACAAGUUCAUGCCACCUGAUGAUCCACUGGGUCGCCACGGCCCAAGCUUGGAUAACUUUCUGAGAAAAAGACCCAUUGUACCAGAACACAAAAAACAACCUUGCCCAUAUGGAAAAAAGUGCACUUACGGGCAUAAGUGUAAAUUUUAUCACCCAGAGAGAGGUACUCAGCCCCAGCGCUCUGUAGCGGAUGAGCUUCGUGCCAUAGCUAAAAACACAGCGGUCAAAGGAGUGAACGAAGGUGGGCUGGUCAAGAGUCACAGCAUGCCGUCAAGCUCCAAAUCCAACAGCUGCUCUGACAUCAAGCGCACAGCACCAAAGAGACAGUCAGACCCCAGUAUCAGGACUCCAGCUUACCACGAGCUGGAAGAGAAGCUGAGCGUCAAAAUCAAAGCUGAGACACGCUCUGUUCCCUCGCCAGUUACCAAAAGCAGUUCCCCUCAUCCUCAUUCUCAGAAACCUCAGCCCUCUGCCCCAACAAGCAACGCCCUUCAUCCCUCUCAAAGAGCACCUAUGAUUGUGACCAAAAACCACGGGACGCCCAUGGCAUACAACGAGCAGUACCCCAAAUGCGACUCCCCAGUUGACAUGAACUAUUACUCCAUGACUAAUGCAUACUCCAACCUGAGCAUCUCGGGGCCCAGGAGCCCAGAUAGGCGUUUUUCUGUCGACACAGAUUACCGGAUCAGCUCCGUCGCCUCGGACUGCAGCAGCGAAGGCAGCAUGAGCUGUAGCAGCAGUGACUCUUACAUUGGAUACAACGAACGCUCUUACAUGAGCUCCCCAGACCCGCUGCUAGAGGAGAACCUCAAGUGUCACCACCACCACCCCCCUCCUCCUCCUCCUCCUCCUCCUCCUCACAAUUGCCUUCAUUCACAGCCUUUUGGUCACAACUAUCAUGAUGCCUUAGCCCGGGUUCAAAGUUUUGGUCAUGACGAGCCCAAAUCUCAUUUUAAGCCAUCCAUUCCCUACCUCCCCUCUCACCUGCAGCACCCGGUGGUGGGGGCCCGCUCUAGUUGCCCAACCGACUACCCUGGACCUCAGAAUCACCAGCACUCCCAGACCAGGGACUUGGUUUCGACUCGGAUUGACAGCCAUUCUGACUCGCGACUUUACCACAACUCCUCACUGCGGCAAAGGAAGCCCCAUCCUGGCCAGGAGCACUUUGGGAGUUGGGACGGCCUGAGUUAUGGGAUGGAUGCUUAUGGCUACCACCAAGGCUACUCUUUACCCAGUAAACCCACGCAGCCUUGUUACGAGCAGUUCACAUUCCAAAGCUUGCCCGAGAACCGGGAUCAGUCCUGGAGGAUGCCCUGGGGACGCAGCAUGCCCCAGCAGGAGCCGCCAAAGCCUUCAAGGUAUCAGGAUCUCCGGGAGAAGGUCUUUCUAAACCUUUGCAAUAUCUUCCCACCCGACGUGGUUCAGAUGGUAAUGAAUAGGAGUCCUCACAUGACGGAUGCUCAGCAGCUGGCUGCUGCCAUUCUGGCAGAAAAGUCCCAACAAGGUUACUGAAAGGGGACGUGUCUGGUACAACGUGAUCCUCAUUUUAUUUCUUCAGCACUAACGCUGAGGGAGGUUUGCUACAAUAGCAUUUUGUAUUUUUAUUUUUAACUCUGCAAUGUGGUUAUGUUACAAGCAGCAACAUACUUUGAAACCUGUAUAAAUCAUUAUUUUGGGAUUGCCCCCCCUUCUAUCAGAAAUACCACACAUUUCUGUUGAAUAUAAAAUGCAGCGGUUUGGAUUUUUAAAAUCAAAAUUUAAAUCAAACAGCUCAAUAAAUUGCUUGCUACCUACACCAACAUGGCCAUUCAGUAUUUGAAGCACAAUUAUCUUCUGAAAUGUAGAGAAAAAAAAAUCACCCAGCAAUGGACUCCUUCCUUAAUUAGCCAUAUUAUACAGGCUUCACUUAAAACUUAGAGGGUUUUUAUUGUACUUUUCUGGUGUCUAAAACAAAGCAAAUGAAAUGCAUUUAUUUUUCCUUUUUUUAACACAAAAUUAGCAAAAAUGUAACUUGGUUUGUUGAGGAGGUAUUGUUCUUUUAUGGCACUUUUCACUAUUGUUUGUUAUAUUGUAUAAGAAGUGUUUUGGUAACUGUUGGCAAUAAGUCUAGGAAACUCAACCUGUUUGUUUCAGGGUAAAGGCGAGAAGAUUAAAUAAGAGAUUGGUAUUAUUCAUUGUGUUUUUGACUGGGUGUUAGAGGGCUAUUUUAAAGAGAUGCUGCAUUGAUGCACGUCUGUAUUCCAUGAAUCCUAAAGUCAUCCCAGUAAGCAGGGUUUUAUCAGGUAGCUGCAAUAAUAUACUGUACUUCUUAUUUAUUUAGAAGGUUUUUAUAAGACCUGUUUCUGCUUGUGCAGUCCUAAUCAUGCUCUCAGUAUCCCAGCUAAAGUGAGAACACAUUCCUCUGUUUUCCCAAAGGGUAGAGUUUCCUUUACGUGAUUGUGUGCUUAUUCUCUAUUCACUUUUUGUGGUAUAACAGUGUUGUGCACGUUAUGAGAUUUUAUUUUUUAACUUGAGCAGACACCAUUACAAUCACAAAAGGAUGUUUCACGAGGAUAUGCAAAGUAGCUGUUGAUAAUGCACUGUAGUGUACAAAUAAUGCUAUUUUAUUUACUGAAAUGAAUAACUUAUUUUUUAUUUAAUAUUUUUUCCUGUAAGUUAAUGCAUGUUAGUUAUAAAGUUAGUUACAGAGCUGUUUUGUUAGUAGGAGGUGUGAAUCUUUCCACAAAUUUAGUAGUAGAACAGCCAAAAUGUCUGUGUACCUUAGUUUUAGUAAGGGAUGUUUCUGGCAUGUUAUUAAUGGGUUUUUGCUAGCUGCUAUUGCAGCUGAUUCUUUUCUAUAGCAAGCCUGACUUGCACAUGAUUUCAAUUCAUGGUUUUGCUAGAUCAGUGAUAACCAAAAUAAUUGUCUGCAGGUCAGUGUCUACAAAAGGACUGUACAGAAUUUUAAUCACUCUAGCCUUCUAAACCUUUCAUCGUUUGGGAUAUUACACUAUAGCCAUCUUUUAAAGGGACAUUCCCACUUUAAAGGUGGGGUAGGAACUAAACUAACAUUUGCUGGACAACUACAUUGAGCUUCUUUCACGUUUCUUGUUCACGUUUAAUUAAUUCUUCAGUUAACACAUUUUAUAAAAACAGCUAAUCUCUUGGCAUGCUGGUUUAGUUUGUUGACUCUCCAUCUGAGAUGGGUCUUUGCCAGCUCCAUUUAUGGAGAUGACAAGAUGCAUCCAGGAUAUCCAGCAACAGGUAUGUCUGGUUUACAUUAACGCAGACACACAGACCAGCAUUAAUAGCAUAUUCUAUUCUAGAGUGGUGUUUGAAGCACUUUUGUGAUUAUCUAAAUCUACUACCUUUCUUUUUUUAUUUGGAAAUGUCCCACACACCAAAACAUACCUGAAAAGGUGGAAAAUGUCCCUUUUCACCAAGCUCACUGUACAGUUUUCCGUAACCUUUGAUAGCCAGAAAACGCCUUUCCUUGUUGAUACAAAUUGUAUCUUUUAAAUUAAUGACAGAUUUUUUUUUAUAUGUACAGUAGUUAGACACACAUGUAACUGUUAUUAAAGAUAUUUUGGGCAACAUUUUAUCGUUUAUUUUCAGUUAAAUGGUCAGAGUUUUCAGUUAUACAACAAGAAAAAGAGGGGAGGGGGGGGUAUAUAGUACAUUAGUCAAGAAAUGUUGGGACUGUGAACUGUCAUGAUAUCAAGUAGCAUUUGUACAAUACACUGACUGUGCAGAGAGGUGCUGUAACCACAGUAUCCUUCACUAUUUUGACUGCUGUGUAUAUUCUUGAAAUUCAAAACUACAUUUUAGAAUGUCUGUAUUGUUUCGGUUGGUUUUUGGGCAACCUGACACGCAUGAAAUCUCAAGGAAAUGUAAAAUGCUGCCUGAAGUAAUGUCCAAGCACCUUCUAACGAAGAUAACCUUCUUUCUACUUGUGUGGCACUGUGUGUCAACACACGUAGGCUUUGGGUAUACAGUAAAUGCUUCUACCUGGCAUUGUGCUUAUUGACACAUCCAAUAAUCUGAACCAUGUUCAGCAAACUAGAAUUCAGGUUUUUUUAUGAUUUAUUUUAUUGUUAUUAUUAAAUGUUUUGGACAUAUUCCGCUUGCAGCAUGACUUUACAGUAAGGUUUACUCAGAUUUUCUGUUUAGUAAUUAACUGCUCCCUGAGGUUGUUUUAUUGUUGUUAAUUAGAGUCCUUUUGUGUUCUUAAGUUUAUGGAACACAGUAAGACUACAUUGAAUUGAAGUACCAUAAACGUUUUCAAUUUUGUAGUUUGUUUGAUUCUCAUUUUAAAUUAUGAAAAGUGUUGAAUGAAAUGACAAUUUGUACAGAUUUGUUUGGCCUUUAAUGAGUGUGCAAAAAUAGCAGCUUGCAGCUGGGCUUUAGAAAUCUGCAGGUCUGCAAUCCCUUCCACACGGUGUUCAAUCAUAUCAUCUUUCUUUCCACAGAUUUUGUUAACAGGGGAAUAGAAUAGUGAACAGGGGGAAACAAUCUAAGCCAUAUAUUACCAUAGUUAAUACAAAUAUAACACUUUUAUAAAAUCGGUAGGCAAACAUUUACACAAAAUGUCUUUUCCAAUGUCAUCAUCAGUUUAUAAUACAAAAAUAUUUGUGAAAAAAAUGUUUUAUACCUAUUCCAAAUGUGUGAAUUAAAAUCCCCCAUAAUAAUAAAAAAAAUAAUCAACAUUGAUUUUAUAAUGUUUUUUGGAAAAUUCAUUCAUAUCCAUUAAAAUCUCGACUGGUCCGCUAUCUGUUUUUAUGCGCCAUGCCACAUCCCAUCAGUGAAGGUAUAUCCCCAAUACUGUAUCUCUCAUACAAUCAUCUAGCCAGCUGAGAUAUUAUUAUUAUUAUUAUUAUUAUUAUUUAUUUGUUAGCAGGCACCCUUAUCCAGGGCUACUUACAAUUGUUACAAGAUUUCACAUUAUACAGAUAUCACAUUAUUUUUACAUACAAUUACCCAUUCAUACAGUUGGGUUUUUACUGGAGCAAUCUAGGUAAAGUACCUUGCUCAAGGGUACAGUAGCAGUGUCCCCACCUGAGAUUGAAAUCACGACCCUCUGGUCAAGAGUCCAGAGCCCUAACCACUACUCCACACUGCUGCCCUUCAAACAUCUCUUAUGGUGGCAUUCAGCUUGUACCAAUUUAACAGGUGGAGGUUUAUGAAUUCAAAAGCGACUGGCUUAGAUGGAGAAACACAUACACACACACACAGCUACACAUGGACGUUUUAGGGUGAAUCUGGAUGAUCAGAACCAAAACAAAAACUGUGUUUGUGUUGAUUAUACAUACAUUAUAUACAUUAUAUAUACACACACUACUGGUCAAAAGUUUUAGAACACCUCAAUUUUUCCAGUUUUUAUUGAAAUUUAUGCAGUUUAAUGUCUCAAUGUACUGGAGAUAAAAAAGAAAUCAUGGAAUCGUUUUGUUUAACAAAAUUUAAUCUAAAUUUUUGACUCCUCAAAGUAGCCACCUUUUGCAGAUAUAACAGCCGAACACACUCGUGGCAUUCUUUCUACAAUGGAAAUCAAAUAUUGUUUGGAAAGUUUUUCCCAACACUGUUGCAGAAGUUCCCACAAAUGUGUUGCACUUGUAGGUUGCUUUGCUUUCACCCUCUGUCCAGUUCAUCCCAAACCAGCUUGAUGGGGUUUAAGUCUGGAGACUGUGCUGGCAAUUCCAUGAUUUGAAGCCUACCGUCUUGUUCUUUUCUUCUAAGGUAGUUCUGACAUAGCCUGGAGGUAUGUUUUGGGUCAUUAUCUUGCUGUAGGAUGAACCCCUGACCAACUAGGCGUAUGCCAGAGGGUAUUGUAUGGCGCUGCAAAAUGCUGUGGUAGCAGUUUUGGUUCAGGGUGCCACUCACUCUGUGCAAGUCGCCGACUCUGGAUCCAGCAAAAGAGCCCCAGACCAUCACGCUUCCUCCUCCAUGUUUGACAGUUGGUGUCACACACCGAGGAACCAUCCUUUCGCCUACUCGACGGUGUACAAAAACCCUGCGUGAUGAACCGAAGAUUUCAAAUUUUGAUUCAUCGGUCCAUAAGACCUUCUUCCAGUCUUCAGUAGUCCACUGGCAGUGCUUCAUGGCCCAGGCAAGCCUCUUUUUCUUAUUUUGCCAUCUUAGCAAUGGCUUUCUUACUGCCACUCGACCUGUCAAACCUGCAGCUCGAAGUCUUCUCUUCACAGUUGAAACUGAGACUUGCUUACUUCGACCAGUGUUAAGCUGUGCUUGAAGCUGUUGUCCUGUGAGCCGCCUAUCACGCAAGCUGUUGACUCUCAGAAACUUGUCUUCUGAUUCUGUUGUGGCUUUGGGUCUGCCAGACCUCUUCCUGUCAGAGUUUCCUACAGUUUCCAAGCGCCUUUUGAUGGUGUCACAGCUGUAAAAUGCAAAAUGCAAUUGAUUUCUUAUCUGAGAGUGCAGAUUAUUUGGGAUAGUAGCCUACUUCAUGAAAAUAGCCACCUUAUAUAGCCAACUUAAUAGUUAAAGACUAUUUCUAUUUUUAAACUGUCCUCAUUUGAGAAUGUAAAGAUCUCAGCUUCAUUAGGACUUCAGUUCAUACUAAUUCAUUUAGAUACAUUAAGUGACAAACUAGUGUUAGCGUUUGGCUUUUCAUAUCUGCUGCUAUUUAGGCACAUUUGACAACAAACUUUACACACAAACACACUGCUUUGUCAAGAUGUAGUCUCCCAAUGUAGGUAAAUGUACAUGCAUUCAUGAAAGAGCAUGUUGAAAUAGCAGUGCUUCCUAUAAAAUGGCAGUAUAACACAUUGCUUGAGCUGUAACAAAGUUCCUAUCUACAUUUUGUAACAGGAGCAUUCUUGAAAAGACUCCUUUUUGAUAAAGGAGGCUACAUUAUUAAAUAACAUUUUCAAUCAGCAAAUUAUAUUUUAGUUUAAAAUAGAAUUUCAUUGUGGGACACUGCAGCUUUAAAACUACAUUGUAGACACAUUUAUGGUCAGUGUUUCUUUUUGUGCAACAACAAUACAUUAUGUGUUUUAAAGAAAAACAAAUGUUUGUGAUAAAUGGAAAUGAAUAGGUUCUUUGUCAGGUAGCCUUUAAAGGCAUUUUGUUAUAGGAUACAAACUAAAGGGUCAAAAUGAAUUUAAUUCAAAAUGAAUUUAGAUCAAAACAUUUGAGAUUUAUGAUCCAUUAUGGAUUGAAUGCUUUUAAAAAAAAAAUGUCAAUGUAGAGAUGUAUUCAUAUUUGAUAACGCAAUCUACUACAGUAGCACUGUUGUGCAAUUUUUACAAAGUCUGAAUCCACAUGGUCUUGUACAUGUUAAACAAAAUAACUCCAUUGCUAUUCAUAACCUUACCAGCUCAUUUGAAAUCCUACUGCUGCCCAAAAGUAGUUAGAGAAUGAUACACCACCACCUCAACAAAAAAUACACAACAUGCCACGUUUACAGGAGGCUGUGUGGUCCAGUGGUUAAAGAAAAGGGCUUGUAACCAGGAGGUCUACAGUUCAAAUCCCACCUCAGCCACUGACUCAUUGUGUGACCCUGAGCAAGUCAAUUAACCUCCUUGUGCUCUGUCUUUCAGGUGAGAUGUAAUUGUAAGUGAUUCUGCAGCUGAUGCAUAGUUCACACACCCUAGUCUCUGUAAGUCGCCUUGGAUAAAGGCAUCUGCUAAAUCAACGUGUAGGUGUGAUGCACAAAGUGCAGUAUUACAAGCACAUAGUGAGCUAUUGGGUUGUUUCUACUUAUUAUGUAUCAUAUACAACAUACAUGGGUUCAAUUGUAUCAGCUUGUAAUUAUAGUUUUACGAUGCUCUUUGCUAGUACUGCAGUGAUUUUCCUGUGUGGUACUUUUAUAACUACUAAUGAAAUCUACUUAUGUGAAAGAAAUACUAUGCUUCUAGGUUCACCUGAAUAAUGGACUAAUAAAAUUGAGUAGCAUUACAUGGAAGUCAUUUUGCAUCUGUGCACUGUGUGAAUUGCUGUGAUACAAAGCCUAUUGAGUAGAUAUUUCCACAAAUCUGGUGCUUAUUUAGUGAUUGACAGAUUUGACAGACUAGUAUUUAGGUCUGCUGUGGUUUUUAUAUCAUUAAAAUAUACCCUGAUGUGUGUUUCAUUCAAACCCUGUGCAUAGACCGAUCCAUUCAAAUUCUUUUUUUUUUUUUUUUUUUUUGCUAUGCAUCUUUUAAAAAGAUUUCUAUUGAAAUAUGUACAGUAUAAUUACUGUGCAUAGCAUUUGUGUCAAGUGAGCAAUACAAAUGGGGUAAUGCAAUGCUUUCUAGAUUACAAUCUAAUCCAUUUUACUGGUGGGUGGGCAUGAAAGUAGCAAUGACUAGAAGCCAAAUGGUGUCACCACUUACAGCUGCAAAACUGCCACUUCUAAACAGCUAUUAGUAACAAUAAUAACAUAACUGAAUCCUUUAUUCCUAAAAUAAUUUUAAUUUAAGAAGCUGGUCUCUUGCUUCCUUUCAUGCCCAGUCCUGUAGGUAAUAUCAGACUCAGACACCAAGCCUCACUGGUAGAUUGCAUCACAGAACGUGGUCUGCAAAGGUAAUGGAGGAGACCUUUUUUGUCCUCAAGUGAAAGUAAAAACAUUUUCAGUCUCUCAAGAUCUAUUAAUUGCUUGCACUGCUCUUGCAUUUAGCUCAGAUGAGUCAUACUUGUAAGAUUGUAAUUCAUUAUAUGGACAUUUAGGAAGGAAAUUGUCUGGGAAAUUCCAGAUACCCAAACGGCUCAGGUUUACCAAAUGAACACAUCCUGUCCAUUUCCAGAAAUGUUUGGGCCCUUUUUUUGUUUUCCUUUACUGUGUAUUACUCAAUGUUACUCUACAGUAAAGGCAACAUUUUAGGGAGGAAUAAAAAUCAAGCAAUUAGUUUCUUGUUUUAUAAAUACUAUUCCCGCUUUUAUUUUUUAAAAUACUGUUUGAAAGACUUUGUUUUAGUUAUGCUUUUAUCAAAGAAAAGCAUCUUAAAAGUAUCUUAAGACUGUGUGUUUAAAUCAUAAUAUUUACAAAAGCAACAUGUAAAUUGUGUGCUUACAGGUAAAGACCUAUGCAUUUUAAAUGGUGUGAUUAUUUACUGCUGUGGUAUGGCUGUUGCAUUUAAAAUAAAAAAAUAAAAAUGAUGUUUGUCGUU